AUGGCGUUUUCUUCUAGAAGUUCCUGGAAUCGGGGGUUUUUGCUGCUUCUGUUAGCGGUAAAGUUUUCAUCGGCCGCCGUCAUCAUCCGUUUCGACGCAGAGACGAAGAAAGUCAUGUUCAUCGAGAGGACAGUUUAUGUCAAGGAAUUGCCAGCUCUUUGGGUGCUUAUAACUGUAGCUUCGGUUGCGGCUGGCUAUCAUUUUCUCCAAUUGUGCCGAUGCUUGGCUCUUGCUUGGAUCGGACAAAACCUGUGCAAAUGUAACAAAAUUUUCUCAUGGGUUUGCCUAUUAUUUGAUCAAGGGAUGAGUUACGCAACGUUUGCAGCGACCCUAGCAGCAGGGCAGGGGGCGUUGAUAGCUCUAACGGGGGUGAAGCAAUUACAAUGGGAGAAGCUGUGUCAUUUCUAUCCCAGGUUCUGCGUCCAAGGCGCCGUCGGAGUCGCCCUCGGCGGCGUCUCGUCCCUCGUCAUGAUCCCCGUCGCCUUGAUCUCCGCGUACCGCGUCUUCCGUCUUUAUCCCUCCCCUAAUCGAAAUUAAGGGCGUUUGUUUAAUUAAAGGCCUCGAUUCUAAUUACUAAUGAUAAAUAAGUAUUAUGGGGUAUAACAAUUCAUUUUGGUAAACGAAGUGACAGCUCAUAUUUAAUGUCGUUUGUGUUUCGUUUUAAUUAUGUGUAUCACAAAUGCAAUAAUACAAUGAAAAAUGUGUUUUUUUUUUCCUUA